AUCACAGCUGGAUGACGGGAAAAGCAUUUCUCAGAACAGGAGAAUUGAAACGUCAGACGCUAAAGAGGAUCUGGAAACUCAAAGGGGAGAUAUCAACGAAGGAGAAAUUAUCCGCGGGUCGAACAACGACCAGUCAACUGAAAAGAAUCGAUCUCCCAACAUUUCAAGGUAAAUUUUCCCAGUGGAAAGAGUUUUCUGAUCUGUUCCAGAAUCUGGUUGGGAGAAAACCAGACAUGUCGCCUGCAGAAAAGCUGGUGAGGCUGAAGGAGGCUCUUAAGGGACCCCCAGCUGAGCUAAUCUCGUCCUUCACUGCUACGGGCAUCAACUACGAGAAGGCAUGGGACAAACUUCAACGGCAUUAUGAAAAUCCACGUCUCAUCGCCGGACACCUCUUCAACAGGGUGCUCAACUUGCGGCCAAUGGCUAAGGGAGACGCCAAGGCCAUGAUAACCAACGCACACAUUGCUCGUGAGACAGUGGACCACCUUAUUAGCACCGCCGGGAUUCCCAAAGAGGAUUUGGGCGAUCAAUUCGUUUUUCACUUGCUCAAACGAUCAAUGGAGGCUGAUACUCGCACCACGUGGGAACAGAGGCUGGGAACAUCAACGAAUUUCAUACCUCUGCAGGAGUUAGUCAACUUCCUGGAGUCAACAGCAAGAGGCAUGACUCCAGAUGAUCAACACGAACCAACGGUUUCUCAACGGCCAAAAGAGAAAAUUCAACGUGGAAAAUCACCACCUCGAGCACGCGUUUAUCAUGCCGCCGAAGCAACAGUUCAACGGAAGGAACCUCAGCGUAUUAAGCCUGCUGAUUGCUGUGGGUACUGUAACGCCAAGCACUUCAUUGGAAAGUGUCCAUCAUUUCUCAGCCUCUCAGCGCAGAGAAAACUAGAGCAUCUGUCAACAACACGACUAUGCUACAACUGCUUCGGUACACACCUGGUGACGAGAUGCAAGUGCACUAAAUCUUGCAUGAAAUGUCAACACAGGCACCACACGCUGUUGCACAUGGACCCAACAGACAGAGAGAGACCACCGACAUCGACAAUCAACAGCGGUCCAGAGCAACCAUCAACGAGUGCGGAAUCAGGUCGUCCAACAUCAACUCAGUCAACUAGAUCCAACGAGAAUUCAACAGAUUCAACGGCUAACAAGAGGAUUUACGCCCCCCUGAGUCAAGUCGAAGAAUCGACUCAACGGAAGUCGGUCAACGCAGAGGACGCUAAGUUCUCCCACAAAUCAACGGAUCAGCGACUAGUGCUCUUGGCUACGGCUAAAGCCAGGGCAUUCUCCAAAACCGGAUUUUACACGAUCGCCAGAAUCCUCAUCGAUCAAGGCUCAGAGCUUUCAUUUAUUUCGGAAAGCCUGGUUCAUCAGCUUCAACUACAACGACGACAUUCAACGAUUGAACUCAUCGGAAUUGGUGGAAAACACGCAUGUUCAACGAGAGGGAUUGUGGCAAUCACGCUCCAAUCAACGAAACAGCCAUUUCAACAAGUUGAGAUCAACGCCCACAUCCUGCAAAAGCUAACCUCACGGUUACCAACGUUCUCAUGCUCAUCUGCAUCAAUCGGAUCACUGCAGCAGCUUCAACUGGCAGAUGAGAACUAUUCAACCCCUGGACCUCUCAACAUAAUUAUCGGAGCUGACAACUACGGGAAAAUCAUCGGCAACGGGAUUGAAAAAUCCAACGAUGAUCAAUUAGUUGGCCAACUAACAACAUUCGGAUGGAUCUUAUCCGGUCCAUUAUGCAACACAACGUCUUCAACGAGGACCUCCUUAUCCGCGGCAAGGGGAUCUUCCAACGAACAAUUAACGGAGCUUCUACAAAGAUUCUGGGCCAGGAAGAACCACCAAUCUCAACAAAUCCAACCAACGAGCUCACACCAGACGAAUUAGAGUGUGAAGAACACUUUCAACGCACUCAUCAGCGAGACACGUCUGGGCGCUACAUUGUGCGACUGCCACUUCGCACAUCAACAGUAGCGCUCGGAGAAUCGAGGAAUA